AUGAUAUCAGUUAACGUUAACUCUACCAACCAAACCGAAAAUCACCAUUUCCAUUCGAACAACCGAAAACGCCAAUAUGAACUAUCUGUUUUUCUCGGCGAUUUUGAUAGCGUCAACAGCAACUAUUUAUGCCCAAGUAAAUGUGCCACAAUGUGCAGGGUUUCAGUGUAUUUCGGGUACGUGUAAUAUUACGGUAGCUGGUGUACCCUUCUGUCAGUGUUUUACUGGUUUUAAACCAUCCAAUAUCAUCAGUGUUUGCGAAGAUAUUGAUGAAUGUAAACAGAACAAUCAGUUAUGUCAAGGUUUUUACUGUUGUAAUGAGCCUGGAGCCUACACCUGUAGCGCACACCCUUGCAACCAAAGAAAUUUCAACCGAAGGAACGAUCUAAGUUCUCUUUUCUUUUUGCUACCAUUUUUGGGUGAGGCAAAGAAGAAAUAGGUCACAUACCGAAACGUAGCAGUGUUCACUAAUCUAAUUGAAUUAAAGACAUUUCGUUUCGUGUCUUAUCUGAAUUUGACUCAACUCACAGGAAAAAAAGAAACAAAACAAUCAAAUUUUGGACAUUUGUGAGAAAGCUCUUAUUUCAUGGUCCUGGUAUCUAGUCCAUUCUAGACAUGUGAUUGGUCAAUAAUAUGACUGCAAAAUUAUUACAAAAUCAGAGUUCAUGGUAUGGAUCAUCUUCAUAAUGUCAGGAUAUGACCAACUGCGUCGUAUUACCUUGACAGCAAUGGCCACCUUUCUUAAAUCACGGAAAUGCAGCAAUUUGGUUUGAUUGUACGUUAUCGAAUACAGCCAAUCAGGGUUCUCAAAUGAAACGUUUACAGUCUCUCUGUCUCGGGCUCUGUAUGACUGGUUUUUAAAUGCACGAAAUUCAAUAAAAUCGCCGAUUUUUGUGAUACAAGAAAGGUGGCUAUUGCAGUCAAGGUAUAAGACGGACUUGGUAUUGACAUCGUGAAGAUGGGUAUUGAUGAUCCCCUGCAUUUUGCUCAGACUGGCUGUUCACUGUUCAUUGUCCACUGUUUUGUAUAUAUAAUUGUAUAUUAAACAUUAAGAUACU